AGGUAAUUGAAACCAACCUAAAGUUCCUUUUUUGUUAGUCCAGAAAUAGAUCAGAUUAUUAGUGACUUAAGUAUCGGAGUGUCUACCCCGAGGACCCACCUUGGGGCUUUGCAGGUUCAUCCGAAGUGAAGACGCAGACUGAAGAAGGAUCUCUGGUUUGGUGCAAUUACAUUGGCGCCGUGUGUGGGAAUCGAACUGAAAGAUCUCUUGUUGCUCUCUCAUCAUGGUUAACACUCGAUCCAUGGUUAACACUCGAUCAGGUCGAGCUAGAAAUCCAUCUCAGCCUCUUGGACAAGGUCAAGUCUCCAACAACCUUCCAUUUCACCUCCCACCUCAGAUCCCAAAUAUUUUCCCUCCUGUUGAUCAUGUAGAAGGAGGAGAUGAAAACCAACCUCACAACUCAGCUUCCACCGCCAAUCAAGACGUAGUUAUAGCUCAACUUGCUGCCAUGCAGCAAUACUUAGAAAAACUGGUAGCUGAACAGCGAGGUGCUCCACCUCCACACCACAAUACUGACUCCAUACCCCAUCCUCUAAACACCAACAUCACAUUGGAACCUUAUCCCGCUGGCUUCAAAAUUCCUCAGCUCGAGACAUACGACGAGACAAAGGACCCCGAUGGUCACCUCCAUGCCUUCUAUUCCUUUCUUGAAGUCAACUCCUUCAACCAAGCUGUGGGAAUUGCAAUUGUAAUUCAAGGUCUCCAACAUGAAAGAUUCAGAGACACCUUAAUCAAGCAUCCUAUUACUACUUUCAACAACGUUAAUUACAGAUCGUUGAAAUUCAUCACUGUUGAGGAAUAUGCUUUAUCCCACCAACCAGUUCCUCCCAGAAAUCAAAACCCAAAUUGGAGAGAUGAGGGUCAGAGCAGAAAAUGGAUGAAGACAGUACAAAAUCGAGUUGUCAAAAUGGCGUCCUCUUUCAAUGUUGUUAUUGGCCGACCCACACUAACCGAAAUCCGAGCUGUGGUUUCCCAAUCUCACCUCUGCAUGAAGUUCCCAACUCCCAUGGGGAUACUACAAGGCAACCAAAAGGUCAUAAAGGAAGAGGUAGAAAAGCUUCUACAAGUUGGUUUCGUCAGAAAGGUUGACUAUUGUGAAUGGGUGGCUAACCUAAUGCUGGUCAAAAAGGCAAAUGAUAAAUGGCGAAUGUGCAUCUACUACACAAAUCUCAACCAAGCUUGCCUCAAGGACUGCUAUCCGAUGCCGAGUAUUAACAAACUGGUUGAAGCGGCUUCGGAAAAUGAGAGAUUAAGUCUUUUGGAUGCAUAUUCUAGGUAUCACCAGGUGCCGAUGGCUCUAGAGAAUGAAGAGAAAACCUCGUUGUAUGCUGGUGACGAAAUCUAUUGCUAUGUAAUGAUGCCAUUUGGUUUAAAGAACACAGGUGCUACUUAUCAGAAAAUGGUGACCAUCAUCUUCCGAGCUCAGAUCUGCAGGAAUCUGAGAGUUUAUGUCAAUGACAUUGUGAAUAAAAUGGGGUUAAACCCAGCCAAAUGCAUUUUCGGCGUGGAGUCUGGGAAAUUUCUAGGCUUCAUGGUUUCCCGAAGAGGGAUUGAGGUCAAUCCAAAAAAGAUCAAAGCAAUUGCCGAGAUGGAACUGCCGAAGUUAGUGAAAGAUAUACAGAGGUUAACUGGAAGGGUGGUAGCUCUUCAUAGAUUCAUAUCGAAGUCAGCAGAUAAGUGCCUGCCAUUUUUCAAGAUCAUGAGGUCAACCGCCCAAAAGGACGAAUCAGGCAAACAGAAGAAGUUUGAAUGGAACCAAGAAUGUCAAGUCGCAUUCGAUGAGCUAAAGUCUUAUCUUAGCUCACCACCCCUACUAACUAAGGCUAUAGAUGGAGAGAUUCUCUAUUUGUACCUUGGAAUUUCAGACGAAGCAAUUAGUUCAGUUCUAGUGAGAGAAGAAGCCAAACAACAGAAACCAAUUUAUUAUAUUAGCAGCGUGCUGCAUGGCGCAAAACUGAGGUAUCCUAUUACUGAGAAAGCAGCAUUAGCAGUUGUCACUUCGGCCAAAAAGCUGAGGCCAUAUUUCCAAUCACAUUCAAUCAUCGUCUUUACAGACCAACAAUGCACUCCAUGUCACUCAACCCCUAAUCCCGAGCCCAACGACUGGACCUUAUAUUUUGAUGGAGCAUCUAAUAGUAAGAGUUCAGGAGCUGGUGCUCUCUUAAUUGGCCCAGAUGGAUACCGAAGUGAACAUGCUUUGAAAUUUAACUUCAAUGCAACAAACAACAUGGCUGAGUAUGAAGCUCUGCUACUUGGUUUGCAAAUAGCAUUGGAGUUGAAAGUCAUGGCGAUACGAGUAUAUAGUGACUCACAGCUUGUGGUUAAUCAAGUUAACUCAAUCUGCGAAGUCAUUGAUCCUGUGAUGAAAGCGUCUUGGUAUACACUUGUCGAUGGGGUCCUCUAUAAGAGAUCUUUCUCACUCCCUCUUCUACGGUGCUUGAAUCCCUAUGAAGCUGAGUACGCACUUCGAGAGGUGCAUGAAGGUGUCUAUGGGAGCCACAUUGGUGCUAGAACUCUGGCUCACGAAGUCCUAAAGCAAGGAUAUUACUGGCCAAAUAUGUAUAAAGAUGCUACUCACUUUGUUCAAAGAUGCCCAAAGUGCCAAUUCUUCGCACAUCUAACUCACCAACUAGCAAAAGAGCUCAUGAACUUGGUAGCACUAUGGCCAUUUGCUCAGUGGGGACUUAAUAUUUUGGGCUCAUUCAUGAAAGGAGUUGGAGGUGUAACCCAUCUGAUUGUUGGAGUUGAUUAUUUUACAAAAUGGGUUAAAGCUCACCCAUUGUCCAAUCUUACUUCCAAAAAGGUUGAAGACUUUAUUUUCGGCUCCAUUAUCUGCAGAUAUGGAAUCCCGAACCAGAUUGUAGCUGAUAAUGCAACAACGGCUGGUAUGCGCCAUCGCAAGCUCACUAUAGCCUCUAUCGCGUCAGGAUCUGGCUCUGUCAGCUCCGGCUCUAGCAGUAACAUGUGUCGUGAUCUAGCUCACUGAAUAAAGCCGAGGUUGGGACAACACAAGGCCAGGUGGGCAGACGAGCUCAACAACGUCAUUUGGGCAUAUAGAACUACGAGCCGAACUGCCAUAGGUGAAACACCCUACCACCUGGCCUUUGGUAUCGAAGUAGUGAUUCCUAUUGAAAUAGGAGUCCCAAGCCUCCGGGUCACCCAUUUCGAUAAAGGACAAAAUGGACAACUGCUUCGGGAAAACCUUGAUCUGCUUGCUGAAGUCAGAGAAGAAGCACGGCUUCGAACUCUUGUAUGCAAGCAGAAAUUAGCCAACUUCUACAACAAACGAGUCCGUCCUCAAACAUUCAAAGUAGGAGACCUUGUUCUCAGAAAGGCUGGCCUAACAGGGUUUGAAACUCGUUUUGGCAAACUGGCCCCAAACUGGGAAGGCCCUUAUACAGUGGCCAAGGUGCCACAUCCUGGUGCAUAUGUCCUCCAAGACACUGAAGGAAAGAGAGUUCCUAGAGUCUGGAAUAUCAAUAACUUGAAGAAAUUUUACCCCUAAUAAACUUCUUUCAAGUGAUCUAUGUCUUACUAUCCUUUAUAUUUAUUACUUCUUGAUUGUUGAGAUUCAUUUUACCUCUUAUUCUGCAUUUCCAAGGUCAAUCUGUUUAAAAUUCAUUCCUUGAACUUCACUUGUCUUAAUGAACGUCACUUCGCAUA